AGCAGGGCUUGCCCGGGCGUGUUGGAGCUGCAGGUUCCCUGGACGCCACGUGCUGGCGUGAGAAGACUCUCGGGGCUUUCAGGCUGCUGCCCCGUAGGCAGAUUACCUCCCAGACCUCCCUUGCCCUGAGCGGUGAGCUGAUUGGGAUGGUGGCCCGGGAAGCUCCAGAGUCUGCCCAGUGCCUGUGCCCUUCCCUGGCCAGCCUGAAUGCCAAGGAUGUGCUUCGGAGGAAACACAAGAGGAAGAGCCGACAGCACCAGCGGUUCCUGGCCCGGAAGGCCUUGCUGCAGGAGCAUGGGUUGUGGAGCACACCCCCGGAGCCAGGAUCCUCCCCAGGCACCGAAGCCGCCAGUAGUGUGAGGCAGCGUCCAAGGGCUGAAUCUGGAGGUGCCCCAUGCAGCAGAAAGCCCACCCCCAGAGAAUCUGCUGGGCCCUUGCCCAGCAAGUGCGUGGCUAUCGACUGUGAGAUGGUGGGCACGGGACCCCGAGGGCGGGUGAGUGAGCUGGCCCGCUGCUCCGUGGUGAGUUACUACGGCGAGGUCCUCUACGACAAGUACAUCCAGCCUGAGAUGCCCAUCGUGGACUACCGCACUCGCUGGAGCGGCAUCACCAGGCAGCACAUGCGCAAGGCCAUCCCCUUCCAGGUGGCCCAGAAAGAGAUCCUCAGGCUCCUGAAGGGCAAGGUGUUGGUGGGGCACGCCCUGCACAAUGACUUCCAGGCCCUCAAGUACAUCCACCCUCGGGGCCAGACCCGGGACACCACUUAUGUCCCCAGCCUCCUCAGCCAGCCCAGCCUCCACGCCCGGACCCGCGUCUCUCUCAAGGACCUGGCCCUGCAGCUGCUGCACAAGAAGAUCCAGGUGGGCCAGCACGGGCACUCGUCGGUGGAAGACGCCGUGACGGCCAUGGAGCUCUACCGGCUGGUGGAGGUGCAGUGGGAACAGCAGGAGGCCAGCAGCCUCCAACCUCACCCUGAGGACAGAGAGCCCGACAGCAGCACAGACAUGGAGCAGUACAUGGAGGACCAGUACUGGCCGGAGGACCCGGCCCAGGGCGCCAGCAGAGGAACAGGGGAGGCGCCGGGCAGAACGGAGUGAGGCAGGAGAAGCUCCACUGGGGAGCGGGGACCAGGAGUGGCUGGGGCCGGAUGCCACCAGUGUCCCCCAGGGCCUAAAGUGUUGGGACCAUCUGCCCACAGCACAGUCCCCGAUUCUGUGGUUUUGCUGAUGGCACUUUAUAGGCACCAUGAAAAUGGCAGGUGGGCUAGCUGCUAGAGCCCAGCAGGAGUAGGGGAUGCACCGGCAGACUUCCCACCCCCAGGCUGUGCUCUCUAAAGGGAUGAUCUCUCCCUGCUUGGGGGCGGGGGGUGUGGGUGUCCCUAUUCAAGAAUUCCCUUGUCUCGCCCCAGUGCCCUGGGGUAAAGCUCUCUUCCUGUUGUCACCAUCUACCUCUUCCUCCACAGUCAUUUUCAGGAGAAUAACUACGCCCUGAAGCUACAGAGUUUAGGCCACUCAAGGGUCAUUUUGUCCCUUUCUCUCAGAACUGGAACUCUGGCUGUAGCCAUCGUAGGAGCUGCCAGGCUACAAUGGAAUAGCAGAGACCACAGCUCGUGGGGAGCUGGGUCCUCACUUGCUCACCACCAGAAGUCACCAGGCACUAUUCUGGGAGGAGGGAAGGCAGAUAGGCUUUGGGUGGAGACUGGCAUAUGUAUUUUGACCCAAGCCAGGCAUUCCUCCUGCCCACCCAGCGCUAGGCUCUCUUAAGCAAAAGUCUGAGAAACAAGACAGCGGUUUGAAUUCUGGGACCCCUGUGCAGAAUUGCCCACAGGGAUCUUUAUUUAUUGAGAGCAAGGCUACGGGUCUGUAGGGGAGCAGAGGGCGGGUCCACUGGGGCCGGGCCGGGCAUUGACAGCUGUGCAGCUGUUGCACUCGGGUGGGUGCCCCCAAUCACUGUGGUGGUUGGGUUUUCUCCAGAUUUCUAAAAAUGUUCUGUGUCGGGAUUCAUCCCCUAUCCCUCUUUCCUUGUUUCCUAAGGGGCAGUUUGGGGGUAUUGGGGUAACCCAGAGCUCAGGUCACACAGAACCUUUGAGCCCCAUCUUUGCUCAUCACUCAAUAGCUUUGAGACUUAGGCAAGUGUGUGACUUCACUCUUGAGUCUGUUCCCUUGUCUGUAAAAUGGGGAUAAUGACACCACUACCUCACAGGGUUGUUAGGAGGAUGAAGUGCUGAGUGCUUGGCCCAGUGCCUGGCGCCUAGUAAGCCGAGGUCAGUGCGAGCGGCUGUGUUUUAAGGAUCAGUGUUGGGCUUUCCGGGUAACACCUGAACACGCCCUUGCGUUGAGUGGCUUUGACCCAGACAGGACUGUCCUCGUGGCUGUUCCAGCAGGUGGGGCACAGGCCUCUGAGGACAACUCAGAGGUUCCGGGCUCUCACGGUUCCCCGUGAUGUGUGGAUUUCACGUCAGCCUGAGCAAAGCAGCAGGGCCAGGAAGGGAGAGACACUGAAACCACGCAACUGCAAAAGCAGGGCCGCAGAUUGUUCUGGGAGCUGGCUGAGUCACUGACCACACCUGGCCUGGCUCCAGGACUUUGUUCUGGGUUCCUUAAAUGCCUGUAGCUGAAGCCACACUCUCAGUUGAGAAGUAGCUUUGGUUCUUUGGUCUGUGGGUUGAGGAAGGAUGGAGCUGCUAGCAGUGGGGAGAUGUACUGGGUUUAAAAUCAGCUUUGUUGUAAAACCUGGAAAAAAACUCAAUUGAAAAGUGGGUAAAGCGGCCUUUUCUUUGAAUUCUUCAGCUAGGGUGGGAGGGUGGCUUGGGGGAGGGAUUGUGGAGAUGCUGGGGCGCUGAGUCUUGCUGGGUGCUUUGACCUUUGAGGUGGGCGGCUUUCAAGAUGAUGCUUUGGGAUGUAGCAAGAAAAUACUACAGAAUUUAUAUAGUUUAUUAUUUUUUUUCCUUUAUUUUUUAUUUUUUUUAACAUCUUUAUUGGAGUAUAAUUGCUUUACAGUGGUGUGUUAGUUUCUGCUUUAUAACAAAGUGAAUCAGCUAUACAUAUACAUAUAGCCCCAUAUCUCCUCCCUCUCGCGUCUCCCUCCCAUCCUCCCUAUCCCACCCCUCUAGGUGGUCACAAAGCACCGAGCUGAUCUCCCUGUGCUAUGCAGCUGCUUCCCACUAUAGUUUAUUUUUGAAAAUUUUAUAACUGCCCUAGUAUAGAGCACAAGUUUAUUAAACUUGUUUCUCUUUGAA